UGAUUGAGGAGAGGUUUUUAGGGUUCUUUGAAGUGACAGACGACUGUAGGGGGGGAGGGAUCGAAAAAGGGUUCGGGGAUGGGGGAAGAUGAGAAAGACGCGUUUUACGUUGUCCGUAAGGGAGACAUAAUCGGUGUGUAUCGAAGCUUGAGCGAAUGCCAACAACAAGCUCCCUCUUCUGUAACAGAUCCACCGAUGAGUGUGUACAAAGGAUAUGGUUGGCCUCCUCAAGGCGCACAGGAACUCAUAUCCUCUUUUGGCCUUAAGAACGCCCUCUUUUCUGUCAAUGCAUCUCAUCUCAAACAUGAUGAUUCUUCCUCUGUCUUUGGGAAACUCAUUCCUUGUCCUCUUCAGCAACCAUCUUCUUCUUCUUCUUCUUACCAAGGAGAGUCUCUUGACAAACCUCCUUCCCAGCCUAAGAGAUUACUGAAACAAAUGGAAACUGAUGAAUCAAGUUUCUUUCCCUCUAGUCAUCCCCAAAAGCAUCUUAAGAUUGAAAAUAGCGGCAGCGGCGGCAUGGUUCCCCGUCCUUCCACUCAGCGUCCCAUUCUUCAAAAUGAGGAUUCAUGUAGCAUCGAGUUUGACGGUGCUUCCAAAGGAAACCCUGGGAAAGCUGGUGCUGGAGCUGUUCUCCGUUCUUCACAUGACAACAGUGUGCUUUUCUAUUUGCGCGAGGGUGUGGGGACCGCCACUAACAACGUCGCUGAGUAUCGAGCUCUCAUUCUUGGUCUCAAGUCUGCUCUUCUCAAAGGCUUUAGGAAUGUCCGCGUCCAAGGAGAUUCUAUGCUUGUCUGUAUGCAGGUUCAAGAUAAAUGGCAAACCAAACACCCGAAGAUGGCUGAGCUUUGUAAACAGGCCAAGGACCUUAUCAAGCAGUUCAAAUCGUUCCAAAUCCAACACAUUGACAGAGAAUUCAACUCUGUUGCUGAUGCACAAGCUAACCAUGCCAUCAACCUCCCAGAGGGUCAAACGAAAGAGAUUGCAGGCGGCUGCUAGAAGAAAAGAAGAAUCAUCAUCAUUUUUCAACUCCUAAUUAUUUAUAUAUAUAUAUAUUUCUGGUUGCUAAUUUCUGGGAUCUGUGUCUUUGAUAAUGCUAGUAGUAUGUAUGAUGAUGGAACAUGUUCUUCUCUCUCUUCUGCUCUGUCUCUUGCCUGUUUAACUCCCACGAACAUGCCUAUCUUUUGAUUAUAUUCGGUUCUGUACGUUGUCCCAAGUGAUAAUGUUUUUAUUUUUCUCUA